AUGGUUGAUGUUACACUAGGACAAGUCAUUUGGUCUGCUGUGAAGCCCAUUAUCAAAAUCUAUUUAAUCAUUGGUACUGGUUUUUUCUUAGCAAAACGUAAUAUCUUAACAGUGGAAACUACAAGAAAUAUAUCUGAUAUCAUCCUAACUAUAUUGUUACCAUGUUUGGUGUUCAAUAAGAUUGUAUCUAAUAUAGAAGAUUCAGAUAUUAAAAAUGUUGGUAUAAUUUGUCUUUCAUCUGUGAUUAUAUUUGGUACUGGAGGUUUAUGUGGUAUUAUUGUUAAAUUAACAAGUCCUGUACCUAAAAAAUGGUUUGGUGGAUUAUUAGCUGGUGCAAUCUUCCCCAAUAUCUCAGAUAUACCAAUUGCCUAUUUACAAACUUUAGAUACUGGGUUAGUGUUCACCGAAGAUGAAGGUAAUAAAGGUAUUGCACAUGUUUGUAUCUUUUUGGCAAUGUUUACAUUAUGUUUAUUCAAUAUCGGUGGAUUUAGAUUGAUUGAAUAUGAUUUUAAAGAUAUCUUGAACCCUGUUGUUGAUGAAGAGAAUCAAAAUGAAAAACUUGAAUCAAGUGAAGGGACAAGAGUACCUACAAAUGAAGAGGAACAAGCUAUAAGCGAUGUGAGCGGGAAUGAUGAUGAAAGUGAUGAAAGUGACGAUGAUUUAUCAUCAUUAUCACAAACCCAACCACCAAAAGAUCAAACACCAAUUGCAUUAACAAAUGAAAAUAAUAAAGUUCAUAGAAGAAACACCAUAGAUCAACAACAAUUACGCACGUUAAGAAACCGUCAUCAAUCUCGCCGUCGUAAUUCAUCAAUAUCAACAACAAGAACUUCAAUGAGCAGAGUCCCCACAGCUCAAUCACAAGCAUCAAAUCUAUCAUAUUAUUCAAGAAUGAGAACCCCAGAUAUCCGUCGUAUGCCAUCACAAACAAUGAAUGAUGUUGUUAAUGAAUAUUCAGAAAUUGAUAGAUUACACACUAUAGAUUCUCAACCCCCAAGAUUAUCAGAAGUAUUGACAACAGAUGUUGGUGUUACAGGUGAAGAUAUUGAAAAAAGUGGACCACCUUUUAUGCAAAAAUAUCAUUUAGGUAUUAUAGUGUUUUUUUUGAAAAAUUGUCUAAGACCAUGUGCAUCUUCAUUAAUUGCUAGUUUAGCAAUUGCAUUCAUUCCAUGGGUCAAAGCAUUAUUUGUUAAAACUACGGUUUAUAUGCCUAAUGCACCUGAUGAAUUACCUCCUUUGAAUUUCAUAAUGGAUUAUACAUCAUAUGUUGGUGCAGCUUCAGUCCCAUUUGCAUUAAUUUUAUUAGGUGGUUCAAUUGCCAGAUUAAAAUUGGGUAGUUUAUAUCCAGGUUUUUGGAGAGCUUCGCUGUUAUUAGUUGUGCUUAGAUUAUGUGUUAUGCCUAUUUUGGGGGUAUUAUGGGUCAAUAGAUUAGUUUCAUCAGGGUGGAUAGAUAAAGACGAUCAUAUGUUGAUGUUUGUUAUCAUGAUUAGUUGGGCAUUACCCAGUAUGACUACCCAGGUUUAUUUCACUGCAUUUUACACACCAUUGGAUGCUGAGGAUAGGACACAGAUGGAUUGUGUUUCUGUUUACCUUUUGAUGCAGUAUCCGUUAUUGGUGAUUUCAUUACCGUUCUUGGUUACCUAUAUAGUUAAAGUCCAAUUUGCAUAG